AUGUGUAUAGCUCCACGUGUGUGUCUAGCUCCCACCACUCUGUCGGCCGACAGCGGCUGGGCGCCUCCUGCCGGCCAGAGCUGGCGGAAUGGCAACUGCCGGUUCCUUCUGACGGCCAGCUGCGCCGUGGUUCGGCAAUUCCCAGAUGGCUGCGCAGAUCCCGACCCUUGCGCGUCCGCGACUUGCGCGUGGAAUGGCGGGCGCCCCGUGGCCCUGGCGGGAUGCGCGCCGUUCCCCGCGUGCUACUUCGCGGGGGGUGUGUGUCGGCGGAAGCGCAAGCGCUCCCCCGAAUGCCUCCCCCGCGACGCCGCGAUUUCCGCCCCUGCUGUUACGUCUCCUGUCAGCAACGUCACCGUUCGGGUUACCAGUAGCCGCUCUUUGAAAAGCCAACGUGGCAAAACCAGCCACGUCACUGCCGCUGCCGCUAAAACCUCGCCCCUGCCCAAGAAACUGCCCCCGAAGAGAAUACCGCGUCCCCUCCCGCAGGCUCUGUCCGCGCGCCCGACUCCGCCUCGACGAUCCUCUCCGCCCCGCCGCAAGGCCAGUCCCCCUAAGAAACCUGUCAUCCUCCCGCCCGAUGCGCCCCCGUCGCCUCCCCAGCCGCCGCCUCCCCAGCCGCCGCCAAGUCCGCCGCCGAAGCCGCCGCCCAGCCCACCGCCUCUGAAACGAUCUCCGCCCCCGCCUCCCCCACGACCUCCCCCGCGGCCUCCCCCAUCCCCGCCGCCGUCUCCGCCUCCCCGUCCGCCUCCCCCUCGACCUCCCCCAUCGCCGCCACCCCGUCCUCCGCCACCCCCGCCCCCUUCUCCCCCACCUUCUCCCCCGCCUCCGCCGCCUCCGCUUCCGCCGCUACCGCCGGGCCAAUACGAUCCCCGGUACCUGGGCGCCGUGGGGGACGGCACCGCGAACGAUACCGGACCGGUUCAAGCAACGUUCAAGCAGGCACGGGCGAUUAAUUUCGUCGGGCCAUGCGGCACGGGGACGAUUACGGUGCAGCUGGAUGGAAUCAUUGCCGCGGACCCAAAUCCCGCUGCUAUUGGCUCGACUCCCCCGAAUGGCGCGAUCGUGUCGAUCAGCAAGAUCCCAGGGCUGCGAUUGGUUGGGACGGGCGUGAUCGACGGUCAGGGGAGCGUGUGGUGGUCGCAGUAUAAAGCGGGGAGCAAUGCGAAUCGACCAGAUCUGCUGUUUAUAUCGCGGUGCAAUGGGAUGGAGCUCGGCGGAAUUCAAGUGCGCAACCCGCCGAUGUUCCACAUGAACAUAAAGGACCUAGCGGGUGCGUGGAUCCACGACAUCAGCACGAGCACGCCCUACAACAGCCCCAACACCGACAGCCUGCACCUCACUCGGACGACUGAUGUGCUCGUCGAGGACUACUCGUCUCACGGAGGCGAUGACAAUGUGUCGAUUGUGGGGGGAUGUAGCAACAUCACCAUACGCAAUGUGGUUGCCACAGCAGGCCAUGGCAUCAGCAUCGGCAGUCUGGGUUCGGGCGGCAGUCUAGCGUGUGUGUCGGACAUCCGAGUGCAGAACGUGCAGCUAGCAGCGCUCUCCAACGGGCUGCGCAUCAAAACCUACCAGGGCGGCCAGGGGGCCGUCUGGAACGUGCUCUACGAAAACGUCACCAUGCAGGACGUUAAAUACCCCAUCAUUAUUGACCAGUACUACUGCGAUACAGCAGUCGCGUGCCCGAUCCAGCAGAGUGCAGUGGCCAUCUUCAACAUCACAUACCGCAACGUGCAGGGCACCACCAAUGGCACGCGCGGGAUCACCUUGAACUGCAGCGCCUCCGUGCCCUGCCAGCAGAUUCUCCUCGAUAACAUCAACAUAGAUUCGUCGUAUCCGGACGAUCACGCGAAAGCAGUCCUGCAGCCCACGUAUGUCAACGUGUAUGGGCUGUCUACUGGGACGAUUAUUCCCGCAGUGCUGAAUGGGACGAGUGUGAGCGGAUGGGUGGAUGCAGGGUUGCCUGUAGACCAGGCAGCUAAUUUUAUGAGUCAGUCCCCCUCCUUCUCCUCCUCCUCCCCCUCCCCCCAGCCCACCACCGUCGCCACCGCCACCGCCGUCGCCUCCACCCCGACCCCCUCCCAUGCCUCCCCCACGCCCUCCGCCAUCCCCCCCUCCUCGUCCGCCUCCCCCCCCCUUCCCUCCGCCUUCCCCUCCCCCUCAUCCUCCCCCGUCCCCACCUCCACCACCCCCACCCAGUGCAUCUGCUUCCAGUGCACCCCCACCUCCCCCCCAGCAGCCUCUUCUAUCAAUACCCACACUCCCGCCACCACCACCUCUAUCCUCCUGAUCUACUCCUUCCCUCUUUCCUCCUCCAUUUUUCUCGUAAAGCUUCCCUACUCCCGUAGCGCCUCCACCUCCGCCAUCAUUUACUAA